AUGUCGCGCCCACUUUCCGAGAUUGGUUCCACUGAGAGCCGGCGGAACUCUGGUAACUUCAACAACCAGUCCACCAAGAAGGUAUUCCUAACGAAGGAGUCCUCGCCUUUCGACUCGUCUCCAUUCGCAAACAGUCCACGUCUUUUCUGGAAGGAGCAGACUAUCUCGCCAAAGAAUCGCUUUGACUCCGAGAACGAGUACGAGCGCGAGCCGUCACUGUCUCCCAAGCGCAACUCCAUCGAGAACCUGAAGAAGGCGUCGCGUGUCAAGAACAGCAGCAUGUACGCCCGUGAGCAGAAGAACGAGUACGAUCCCACUUCUGUGCAGGCUCCGAACCGGCCGCUAGCCGCUGGACGCCCAUUGAGCACCCAGGUGCAGGGCAACGCGUAUGGAGGCAGUGGUCUCACUGGUCUACGCGAACACAACGAUGGCCACCGCCGUGGCCAUAGUCGUGGCGAGAGCUUGAGCAAGAUUCCCACCCUUAGCCCCGCGAAGAGCUCUCCGAGCAAGAUCCCGUCCUUGCCCUCCACCACAGGCUCACCUACGCGGGAUAGGUCUUCCCCAGGCCCAGGCCGCAUGUCGCCUACUAAGUCAUCUCUGGCCAGCCCUGGACGUUUCAACUCCAUCGAAUACAACCCAGACUUCAGCAUGUUCUCUGACGAUGGCGAGCUGAAGCACGAGACGCCUCGUCCGCUUCGCCGUCACGCGAAGAGUGUGACUUUCGAUGCUGCUCCGCCAGUCAUCAACGAGUACGAGAUGGUCACACCUGAUCCUUCAUCCGUCGCUUCUGGAUCACGAGAAGGCAGCUACGAGACGGACGAAGAGGAGCUAAGCUUUGAUCAGGACGACAGCUUUGAUGCCUCCCUGGAAGAUACAGACAAAACCCCAGUCGUGCUUCCCGAAGAUUGGCGCCACAUGAGCCCGGAAGCCGCCAACACAUCGCUCAUCGAUAAUUACGACGAUGUUUUCGGUCGCGACAACAGCCCUAUGCCAAACGCAGUUCCCAAUGGCAGGGUCAACAACUCGCGUAACGGCUCCACUGCCUCAGACGGUGAAUCUAGGCCACUUCCUCCAUUGCCAGGCAUGCAAGCUCAGGAUCGCCGCGAUUCAAGCGUUGGCCUUUCUGCAGCUGCAGAGCGCGCGGCGUCGCGUAGGUCGCUUCCUCAGCUUCCACCGUCGGCCGGCAUCUCAAAGACUGACCUUCUCAACAUGCGCGAGGGUUCGAUGUCGCUAGAGGACAGACUCCGCUUGAUGAACUUUGACGACGAGCGCGACACAAGCACCCCAACCCAAGAAAGCCACGAUAAGAAGGUAGAGGUGAGCGUUGAGAUGAGCGUGAAGGUCGAAGUCGCUGAGAUUGAAGAUCUUACUGAGACUGACCUGGAUGGUCCCAAGACACCACGCAUCUCUCGCGAGUCCAUACUUCGUAAGGUCCAGAGCCGGAACUUUGACGAACGAGAGAGCUACAGCUACAACUACGACGUAGAAUCAAGUCCAGAGCGUAGUUACGGUGAUUUGGCAGAUCUGGACCCUGAUGUGCCAAUUCCUUCACGCGAAGUCUCAUCUAACUUUGACGAACAUCCGGAGGCACCCAGCGAGGCUGAUAGUGUUAUCGACGCUUACUCCUUUGCGGAGACGACCGAAAUGUACACGGAGGAGGUUUCCGAACUCGAAGAAGCUGACCGUGAGACAUCCGUUAUUCAUCAUGACAUCCACCAGCAGAGUCAGAUUGAUUCUGAUGAUGCUAGCGAGUACUCGCUCCAACCGGAGGAGCAACCGACUUCCCAGAGCACCAUCGACACCUCAGGACCCUCAACUCCAACAGCGGCCACUUCUUCUCCGACGACCGCCGAGAAGGAGGACAGGCGGGACGAGCUGUUCGCCGACUUCCAAAACGAUGAAAUGGAUUUGACACUUGAUCCACUCAAGUCCUCGUUCCAGACCGCGCUAAGUCCCUUGGAUACUGCACCUAAGCUUGAUGCAAUGCGCCAAUUCCUUCAGCGGCCAGAAACACCUGAGAUUACCGAUCCAGAGGCUGAGGUUGAGGAUCCUGGAACUCCCGACUCGGUUAUUCGCCAUCCUGUUGUUAUCUCGCCGCCUGAGGAGGAAGAGGAGACACCUGUUCCUGAGGAAGAGUCCACUAUCAAGGGUGCCGACGGCAAGCUCAGGGCUCGUCCGUCGUUGAUACCUGCGGAUCUUGACAUGGCCGCACAACGCCGACAAGUGAGCGGCGAACAUCCCCCUCCUGUCCCCAGGCGAAGCCCUGCACGCCAGUCGCUGAGCACAGACUUUGGUCAUGUUGACGAGGAAGACUCCCAGAUGAGCAUCUCGAAUAAAGAGAACCUUAUGCUCGACCUCAAGCUCGGUGAAGAUUCGAACGAUCUUAGCUUCGGCUUAGAUAAGGAGUUCGACAACAUCAUUGAAGCUCAGAAGGUAGACAACCUUUUUCCUUUACCCCCUUUUGCCAAGUUCCCGACAUCCGAUGCUACGAAGCAAGAUGGAGCAAGACAUAUGUCCGGUGAAGGCUUUAUUUAUACGUACACUCCCGCUAACAGUAGCUCCAAUCUACAGAAGGGAUAUCUCAUGCGCCAAAACACGAAGGUGGUCGUUGCCAGUAGCCGCCAAUUCAGCGAUGAAAAGCCUCCAGUUCCUAAAGCUGAUUCGGCUGCCGAUGCAACUUUGAAGGCACCAAGUGCCAAGUCUCGCAAGAGCAGCGCAGAACGUAAGCCUGCUUGGACUACGGAGCCUUGGAAUCCUAAGGUCAGGCGGCGAAGCAUCCGAACCGCCUCUGGUUCGCGGAAAGCCAUGACUUCUGGCCCAGUUCCUCCGCUUCCAGGACAAGAGUCAGCUGUCGCCGGCGGUCUUGAUUCGGUCGCGGAGCAGGAGGUUGACGAAUUCGAGGACGGCCAGGAGCGGGGAAGACUGUUUGUUAAGGUCGUUGGUGUCAAAGAUCUUGACCUACCUCUACCUAAGACCGAGCGUACGUGGUUCCAGCUGACUCUAGACAAUGGUUUGCACUGUGUGACAACGUCAUGGUUAGAGCUUGGCCAUUCAGCCCCGAUUGGCCAAGAGUUCGAACUAGUUGUAUUGGACGACCUGGAGUUCCAACUCACUCUGCAGACCAAGCUUGAGCCUCCUGUUCAGCCAACUGUCACUGCAGCCCCAGUCAAGAUCGUCAACCACAAGAAGUCACACUCUGCAUUCCGCAACCUCCUUUCAUCUCCCAAGAAGCGUAAGGAGCAGGAGCGCAAGCAGCAGGAAGAAGCCGAGCGUCUCGCUCUCCAGCAACAGCAAGAGGCACAGGAAAAGGCGAAGCGUAAUCAUCAAGCUACUGCUUGGGAUCUUCUCCAUGACUUGGUCGGACCAGAUGGAUCUUUUGCUCGCGCCUACGUCUGCCUCAAGAAUCACGAGAACCAAGCCUACGGCCGGCCGCUGAACGUCGAUAUCCCUUGCUUCAAUGAGUGGGCUGUUGACAACACCGGUGCCAGCAGUGUGAAGAGUAAGCGUGGUGGUGUGGUUCGUCGCCCACCUUAUAGAGUUGGCAAGCUUGCUCUCCAGCUACUGUACGUUCCGAAGCCCAAAAACGCGAAAGAUGAGGACAUGCCCAAGAGCAUGAAUGCCUGCAUUCGCGAGCUACGGGAAGCAGAGGAGGUCAAGAACCAGUCUUGGGAAGGACCUUUGAGCCAGCAGGGUGGUGACUGCCCAUACUGGCGUCGUCGAUUCUUCCGACUCAACGGUACCAAGUUGACUGCUUAUCACGAGGCCACCCGGCAACCUCGUGCAACCAUCAAUCUUGCUAAGGCGACUAAGCUCAUCGAUGACAAGAGCGCUCUUCAGCAACCAUCAUCAACGAAGAGCGGCGGUCGUCGCAAGUCUGCCUUUGCCGAGGAAGAAGAAGGGUACAUGUUCGUCGAAGAAGGUUUCCGUAUCCGAUUUGCCAAUGGCGAGGUCAUCGACUUCUACGCCGAUAGUCGUGCACAGAAGGAAGGCUGGAUGAAGGUGCUCUCCGAGUGCGUUGGUAAAGAUAUCGCUGGCGGACGCGGCUGGGCCGAGAUGGUCCUCGACAAGGAGCGGAAAGAGAAGCGCUCUCAGCCAGAGCCCUUGCAAGCCAAGCCAAAGCGAGAGAGCAAUGCGAUGAACGGAGCCCUACAGCGACCUCGGUCACACGAAGGUACCGGCAGUCAAUCUGUACCAUCAAGCCCCGUGAAGCGUCCUGGCCACUCGCGGACAAAAUCCCAUGUUCCCUCCCCGGCUCCGCCGCCCAUCGAGAAGGACGAGCAGCACAAAAGCAGCACUGCACCGCGGCGAAAGGAAGUGCCUGGCGCAGGGGCAAACCGCAGGGAUCAGGUUCGAUCGAUGAUUUUUUAA